UUCAGGAGAAGUUGGAGAACCUCCCCGGUUAUCGAUUCCCAGCGUUUCCCUCCACCGCUUUUGGAAACCAUGGGCAAGAAGAAACCUUUCACACCCCCACCGGACUCUCCUGCCUGGCCGAACCAAACGGCAUUCCGGGUAGCCGAACGGACAUGGAAGCGCCGAGACUUACCGCCAGAGCUAUUGGCGAGCAUCAUAGAUCCCGGCGGUAAUCCGUCACCGGCCGUGCAAGCCAAUCGACUCGUACCGAUUACAUUAGCAUAUAACCCUCCCACGCUUUCCAACCUCUUUGGUCCUUCGCCGGAAACGGACUCGAAUGGACGGGCAACAGCGUACAGUGCUCCUGAAAUACCAGGCCUUAUCCUCAUACCGGGCUUGAUAACGCCGGAAGGGCAAGUUCAGGUGGUGAAGGCGAGCCUGAAGGACUACACAGCUCUUCCAAAUGUCACAAAUCUGGACACGCACUGGGAUAUCCCAUCCAGAGGACUAUGGCAUAUGUACGAGCAAAGUCUACAUAGCGAAGAAAGGCAGAAGGACGAGGCGCUUAUACCAAUGCGACAUGAUGGGACAGUCGAGGGCGCCAAGAGUGCUGCAGCUGCGUUCCGGGUGGGCAAGGUAGCGAACGGGUCCUCGGACAAAGAUGGCGAAAAUGCCCUCAAGUCUAAGACGACCUCUACGUCUGGGAUUGAGGUCCCCGACACAACUAGCACGCAGAUUAUCAUCGAUCUACCGACAACAGAUACCCAGAAUCUCAAAGCAAUCACCGCCUCUGAAGCCCUGAAGCGCCUUCGGUGGACUUCCCUGGGAUUCCAGUACAACUGGAGCACAAAAGAGUACCAUCUGGAUCGACGACCACCAUUCCCCCCCUUGAUUGACGAGCUAGCCACGCAAGUUGUGAAAUCUGUGGAGAAUAUCACUGGCUACAAUGCCGAAAGGUGGAUAUCGGAGGCGGGGAUUAUCAACUUUUACCAGGAGAGGGACGCGCUGAUGGCACACCAGGAUCGGAGCGAAAUUAAUACCGAAGCCCCUCUCAUCAGCUUUAGUUUUGGGAACUCCAGCGUUUUUCUGAUUGGAUCCGAGAACAGGGAUGACACGCCAAUUCCGAUCCUCCUCCGCAGCGGCGACGUGCUAGUGAUGCACGGGAAUUCUCGUCGAGCAUAUCAUGCACUGCCUAGGAUUCUAGGAGGAACGUGUCCGGACUAUCUCACGCCAGAGAGCGUUAACGAUGCGCAGUGGAGAGCUUUUUACAAUUACUUGAAGGACGCGAGGAUCAACGUGAACGUGCGGCAAGUCUAUUGAGGCCUUCCCGCAGCCAUUUUGGUCGUUCCAGUUCAAUAGAGGGGAGAUUGUAGAAGACAGAAGAUUUCGUAGAGCAGAGAGUCCUAGGAGCAUUAGACGCUAAUUCAUACAUUCAAGCAAGAUGGCUUCUGGUCCAAUGGCGAGGUCCGGUACUGAGU